GCGGCGGAUUGCCUGGGAAGCAGAGCCCGGCUUUCGCUGGGGUUUGGCGGCUCCGGAGCCCGGCAUGGCUUCCACACGAGCUUCCUCCACGCAGGCAACCAAAACGAAGGCACCUGAUGACUUAGUCGCACCUGUUGUGAAGAAACCACACAUCUAUUAUGGAAGUUUGGAAGAGAAGGAGAGGGAGCGUCUGGCCAAAGGAGAAUCUGGGAUUUUGGGAAAAGAAGGACUUAAAGCAGGAAUUGAAGCAGGAAAUAUUAACAUAACCUCUGGGGAAGUGUUCGAAAUUGAAGAGCACAUAAGUGAGCGACAGGCCGAAGUGUUAGCCGAGUUUGAGAGAAGGAAGCGAGCCCGGCAAAUCAACGUUUCCACAGACGACUCAGAGGUCAAGGCUUGCCUGAGAGCCUUGGGGGAGCCUAUCACACUUUUUGGAGAGGGUCCUGCUGAAAGAAGAGAAAGGUUAAGAAAUAUCCUCUCAGUGGUCGGUACCGAUGCCUUAAAAAAAACUAAAAAAGAUGAUGAGAAAUCUAAGAAGUCCAAAGAAGAGUAUCAGCAAACCUGGUACCAUGAAGGACCACACACCCUGAAGGUUGCUAGACUAUGGAUUGCUAAUUAUUCACUGCCCAGGGCAAUGAAACGCUUGGAAGAGGCCCGUCUCCAUAAAGAGAUUCCUGAAACAACUAGGACCUCCCAGAUGCAAGAGCUGCACAAAUCUCUCCGGUCUUUGAAUAAUUUCUGCAGUCAGAUUGGGGAUGACCGGCCUAUCUCCUACUGUCACUUUAGUCCCAAUUCCAAAAUGCUGGCUACAGCUUGUUGGAGUGGGCUUUGCAAGCUCUGGUCUGUUCCUGAUUGCAACCUCCUUCACACUCUUCGAGGCCAUAACACAAAUGUAGGAGCAAUUGUAUUCCAUCCAAAAUCCACUGUUUCCUUGGACCAAAAAGAUGUCAAUUUGGCCUCUUGUGCUGCUGAUGGUUCUGUGAAACUUUGGAGCCUUGACAGUGAUGAACCAGUGGCAGAUAUUGAAGGCCAUACAGUACGUGUGGCCCGUGUAAUGUGGCAUCCAUCAGGACGUUUCUUGGGUACCACCUGCUAUGACCGCUCAUGGCGCUUAUGGGAUUUGGAAGCUCAAGAGGAGAUCCUGCAUCAGGAAGGCCACAGCAUGGGUGUGUAUGACAUUGCCUUCCAUCAAGAUGGCUCUUUGGCUGGCACUGGGGGACUGGAUGCAUUUGGUCGAGUUUGGGACCUGCGUACAGGACGUUGUAUCAUGUUCCUAGAAGGGCACCUGAAGGAAAUCUAUGGAAUAAAUUUCUCCCCCAAUGGCUACCACAUUGCAACUGGCAGUGGGGACAACACCUGCAAAGUAUGGGACCUUCGACAGCGGCGCUGCAUCUAUACCAUCCCUGCCCACCAGAACUUAGUGACCGGUGUCAAGUUUGAGCCUAUCCAUGGGAAUUUCUUGCUCACUGGUGCCUAUGAUAACACAGCCAAGAUCUGGACCCAUCCAGGCUGGUCCCCACUGAAGACUUUGGCUGGCCAUGAAGGCAAAGUGAUGGGCCUAGACAUUUCUUCUGAUGGGCAGCUUAUAGCCACUUGCUCAUAUGACAGGACCUUCAAGCUCUGGAUGGCUGAAUAGACACCAUAGAAAAAGGACACAAACCUCAAGCUCUCCCUUAAGAGCCAUUUUAUUCUAUCAUGUUUGUUGCCAAUUACCAUGUAUAGACCCUCAGUAGAUUGGAUUUCUCUGUCGGCCCCCAUUUCAAGCAGACAGCCCAGUUCCUGGGUGCUGGUGAACCCCUUUCAUGCUUGAAUUUUAAUUUCAUCUUCAAGCCCUGCCAGUAACUAUGUAGACAAUUGUUUUUAUUAACCUUUUGUUUGAAUACCCUGUUGCCUUCCUCAUAGCACUCAGGAUUGUGGCUAGCUCCAUUUUUAAUUCUUGAAACUUGGCUUUCUAUUACAUGGUACAUGCUUCAGGACCACAUGUGACCCAGGGGCAAGGUGGCUGGACUGCAGUCUGGGAGCCCUCGGGUAAAGGCACAUCUCACCACGUACUGGUUAAGUAACGCCUGGCAGAGCGAGAACCUUUCCUCUGCCCUGAAAGUGGGAGGUGAAGAGGUAGCCCCACAGCGAUGCGAAGCUCAGAGUUACGCAGUAAAGAAGAUUUUACCUCUUCCUUUGAUUUCACUUGGAAUAGUACCUGCCUCAGGGAGCUUCAGGAAGCUCAGAACUGAACAUUUGCCUUGGAAAAUGUCUUCCAUUUUUAUUUGAUGUUUGGCAUCCUUCAUAUUACCCGAAAGCUAGACCAUUGUGUCAAGAUUCAAUGAAAUGUUUAGAAAGCUAACACAAUGUCUCUAUUGUGCAAACUCCUUUUUAUUGGUUAUUUAAAGGAUAUACCCUUCAUGUCAAGGUAACUCUGGAAAAAAACCCUAACGGGUAUUACUAAUCAUCAAUUUUGACUUUUUUCUUUUUUCUUUAUUACAUAUUUGCUACAGAGUAAAAUCUUAUUAUAUACUUCAAAUAUUUUGCAUAGUUUAGUCUUUUCUGAAUCUCAGCCUUUGGUCCAUCCAAGUCCCUGUUUUUUGGUUUGAGAUACAACAUGUGAUCUCAAAUAUGAUUACUCCAAUUUCUGUCCCCUUAAUAAGCACUCUGUUAAUCAUUUAAAAAAAAUAUAGAGAGAGGGCUAUUGCAUUGUGGGCCAAACUACCGGUGAACUAUACAGUAUCUGGACUCUGUAACGCUUACUCAUUGGCUAUCCAGCUGUUGCCUUCUUUUUCCACGCCAAAUAUACAAUCACUGAACUCUGAAAGUACACAGUAAAUUCAUACAAAAAUAUAGGAUUUAGAAGAAAAGGUUGUAUAUAGAGCAUUCAAGGAGGGCUUGUAUGAUGGCUUCUCCUUGAAGUGUUGAACACACUUUACUUGCUAUUCCAGAGCGGCUGAGUGUAGCUUGUCUAGCUCUAUUCAAGCUGUGAUUGUGUGAUAUGUAGCUAAAUAUUGUGUUUGAUCUGGUUUCAGUUAUAACCAAAUUGUUGCAUAUCCUGUGUACUUGUUAAGCUUCUGAGUUCUCAACCCUGCUCUCUGUUGAGUACUGCACUAUGGUUUAAGUAUAAAGGGACACUAUUUCCUCCGUAGUUGGCCAUGAAAAAAAUUAUUUUCAAUACUACCUUUGUAGUAUGUGUAAACUAAUAAUGAACAUUAGUGUAUUAGCGUGUAGUUUGGAUAUAAUGUUAAAAUUUUGAGUUUUUCAAGUUUAAAUUCUAUCCCAAUUAACCUUGUCUUUGGGAGUGGGGAGUCCAAGGGACUUAGGGGUGGCAACUGAGUGAAAACAUUCUAUCUAAGUCUUUGGCAAAACAAGUGUCUUGUGGAAUAUACAUUUCUUCACUGGAAAUGUUGUAAGAAAGGGGUGAGCUGAGGAACAUAAACCCAGUGUGGCAUUUUGUGAUAAUGGUGAGAUAAGUAUAGCCACCACUUAACAAGAUACUCUCUGGCCAGACAUUGUGCCAGGCACGUUCAGACAUCUCAUUUAAUCCUCAGAAUCUUAGGAGCUUUCUUUUUACAAACAAAACUAAGCUCAAAGAAGUUAAGUGACUUGCUCAAGGUUACCCACUCAGUAAGUGGUAGAUCCCGAUCUGUCUGUAGGACCUUAUGAAGAGAUUUCAUAGGGUUGUAUUGACGAUGUUGGCAACACUGGCCAAAGACCAGUCCAGCCAGCAUGACUUGUGCAUAGCUUUAACCACUCCACCUUUUAUACUGCCCUUUGACAAGUCACUGCAUCUCUUCCUCUGACUUCAUGCCAAAGGGAGUUAAUACUUUUCACCACUUCUACCUCCUGAACCUAUGAGGAGCCUAUAGUGUUAUCCAACAGGAAACUUUGCAUUUUAAGAUAGAUGAUACUUUAUUGUGCAGAACUAUCUGUGGCAUUGUAGCAUGUCUGACCUCGAGUACUAAAAGCCAGAAGCACAACCCACUCUAUUGGUAUAUCAAAGAUAGCGCCAGACAUUUCCAGAGGCUCCCUAUGAGGAUGGCAUUGCCUCAAGGUUAGAACUACUAAGUGUGAGAAUAGGAGACAUUGUAAUGUUUCCCUAUCUCCCCAAAAAUGUAAACCAAUGUAUUUUUUGGAUGGCCUAUAAGCCACUUCAAGAGUAUAAUUCUUAUUUUGACUGAAAUAAGAAUUAUAAUGGCUGGGUGACCUUGAACAAAGUAGCUGAACUUGUGGAGCCUCAGUUUGACCUAUGAGUGGGGAUGAAGUUUACUUAACUUCAGAGCAGUAGGCUGUAGUGCAGAGGCAAGUGUUCCUUCCUGAACUUCCCCCAGCUCCUCUCCUGUUCCUCUUGGCUCUGAGAACAUGCUGAGCUCAUUGCCUGCCACAAGGUUAAGGAGCAAGGAUGUGUAAAGAAAUGAAGUCAGUGGGGAGAGCUUGAGUCCCAGCUUCAGUGUAAUUAUCUUUGAUGGCACAAAUGGAGAGGUAGGUACUAGUCCCCUGGCGGGAUACACUGGUGACUUUACAAUUUUGUAAUGGAGAAUUUUUUUUUCCACUUUUUCUUCACAUCUUAAGAUUUUGGUUUUAUUAAAUGUGAAAUAUAUGUCUUGGCUAUUUUGUAAUAUCUUGUAUAUUAAGACCCCGAGAAUUUGUAGGAGCUAAUUCCAUUAAACUAAAAAAUGUUAAACUCAAAUAAACCAACUCAAUUUCA